AUGCGAGAAGUGGUCAAGGCAAUAGAUGGAGUGAGAGUUGGAAUGAUCAAGAUUACCAACGUUCCAAAAGUUGAUUUGCCAAUUGAAGAAUAUUCUGUCAACAGACUUCAGGAAUUUCUGCGUGAACACAGAAAAUUCAAAGGGCAAUCAACAAAGCUCGGUUACUCUUUAUAUCUAGCAAAUGAAGCAUUAGCGAAAGAGAAAACUGAUGUGAAAACAGUUGUUGUGCUUUCGGAUGGCGGUGAAGACACGUGUUGGCGAUAUCAGAUCUGUGACAUGACUGAUGAAUGGAUUCCAUAUAGAAUGCAGCAGUUAGAUCAAGCGGAUAAGAUACGGAAAGCCGGCGCUGUACAAUUCAUAUACGUGGCAGUUGGGGAAACAAUUAAUCCAAAGCAUUGGAGAUAUAAUACGACCAAAUACGAUAUUAUAGCCAUUGCUGGAGGAGAAGAAAAUGUUAUUUAUGCAGGCGAAUAUAAGGUCCAGUUCACGCAUAUAAUUCCAUCUGAAUGCGUGUAA